AUGCUCAAGAGGCUCGCACGAAACAACUCUUCACCAUGGAUAUGCUCGCGAUGUCUCCAGCAAUCCCAGCGCCAGCGCCGCUUCAAUAGCACUUUCGCCGCCACAGCCACCGCACGCGACCAUGCGCCUUCCGCCCUCUACGGCCUGUCUGCCAGCGGGAAGACAGAUGACGAUGCGCUGCGAAAAGUUUUUGAUAAUGCAUCCUUCUGGGAGAGCUUCAAGAGGGGGACAUCCAACAAAAAACCAUCUGGAAUCAUAGGAAACAAAUACCUUACACAUCCAGACGGCUUCAUCGACUUCGUCACCGUUACUAUACAACGAUGCAAUGGUGUGGUGGAAAAGGUGUCACGGGCAGAGACAAUAGAAGACUUCAAAUAUAUGGUCAAAGACCUGGAUAAGCUUAGCGAUCUAUUAUGCAGGGUAAUAGACUUGGCCGACUUCGUAAGAAGCACGCAUCCGAAUCGCCAGUUCCAGAUCAUGGCUGUAAAAGCAUACCAUACCGUUUUCCAGUAUAUGAACCAGCUGAACACUACUCCCGUGCUAUAUGACCAGCUCAAGAAGGCGUCAGAUAUACCCGAGGUGUUCGAGAGCUGGACUGAGGAGGAGCGCAUAGUAGCAAGAAUCCUCAUGGAAGACUUUGCGAGAUUUGGCAUUGGCUUAGACGAUGCGACAAGACAAAAGCUUGUGGAUUUGAGUGGAGAGAUUGCCGAAGUUGGAUCGCAGUUCGUCGAGGGCAUGUCACCUGAGACACCCACACUCAAGUUUGAAUCGAAGAGGUUGAAAGGGCUGGACCCGAACUUGGCGAAGGCGUUGACGAAAUGGGGUGAAACAAGAAUAUCUACCAUGCACCAUGAGGCUCAGGCGGUCCUACGAUUCGUCGAUGACGCUGAAGUAAGAAGAGAAACAUACUCAGCUGUGCGAACGGCGGGCUCGAGUACCAUCGCACGGCUGGAGAAGAUGCUGAAGCUGCGAGCGGAACUAGCACAACUAUCAGGCUAUGAGACAUUCUCUCACAUGACUCUGGAGAACAAGAUGGCAAAGACACCAGAGGCGGUCAACACGUUCCUCAAAGCGCUGUACGAGGACAGCCGGCCCUCUGUUCUUGCAGACCUUCACGAGUUGAUGGAGUUGAAAAGAGGCGACGCCCACCAAGACAAUUUCCCCAAUCGCAUGAACGCAUGGGACAAGUUCUACUACACGCAAAAGAUGCUGUCGACUAUGGAGGGCGCUUACAAACAACGUACUGCCGACUCGCUCUCAGCGUACUUCUCUGUCGGUACCGUCCUACAAGGCAUAUCCCGUCUGUUUGAUCGCCUCUACGGCGUCCGGCUCGUCCCGCAAGAGACUCAACCCGGCGAGGUAUGGGAGGACGGUGUGCGCCGACUGGACGUUAUAUCCGACACCGAAGGUCAUAUCGCAGUGCUAUACUGUGACCUCUUCUCACGACCCGGCAAGACGCCCAAUCCCGCACACUUCACCCUCCGCUGCAGCCGCGAGAUCCUCCCCGCCGAACUCGAAGAAAUGCAACACAUGCCGCACCGCUUCUCCUCGCCCAUCGAAGCCGCCACAGACGGCAUGUCUGUCUCCUACAACGCCUCCCGAAACAGCUACUUCCAACUCCCCACCAUCGCCCUCAUCUGCGACUUCAGCAAGCCCUCCUCCCCGCGCCCCACCCUCCUAAACAUCCACGACGUCCGCACCCUUUUCCACGAAAUGGGCCACGCCCUGCACUCCAUCCUCGGGCGCACCGCCCUGCAAAACGUCUCCGGCACCCGCUGCGCCACCGACAUCGCCGAGCUGCCCAGCGUACUUAUGGAGCACUUCGCCUUCGACCCCUCGGUCCUCGCUCUCUACGCGCGCCACUGGGACACCAACGCGCCCCUCCCCCUCGCACUCCUCGAAAACAGACUCGCAAUCGAUAACCGCAACGGCUACUCUGAACUCGAGUCCCAGAUCCUUCUCGCCAUGCUCGACCAGGCGUACCACUCGAACCUCCCCCUCGACCCCGCGUUCAAUUCAACGAGCGUCUAUCACAACACGUACACGCGCUUCGCUAGCGUGCCAGAGCCCGCGGGCACCAGGUGGCAAGGCUUCUUUGGGCACUUGUUCGGGUACGGCGCGACGUACUACUCGUAUCUGUUUGAUCGGGCGAUUGCGAGUCGGAUCUGGAAGGGCGUGUUUAAUGAGGGCAGGGACGGGGGCAGUUUGGACCGCGAGAAGGGCGAGUUGUAUAAGAAUGAGGUGUUGAGGUGGGGUGGGGGACGCGAUGGGUGGGUUUGUCUUGCGGGUGUUUUGAGGGAUGGGAAGGUGGGAGAGGGAGGAGAGGGGGCGAUGAGGGAGGUUGGGAAGUGGGGGAUUGAUGCUGGAAAGUAG